UAUCUUCCUCAUCAAACUCCCAACUUUGGAAAACAAACAAACAACAGCACAUACACAUAUAUAUCCAUGGCAUCGGCGACAGCUACAGAGGUCGAGAAGGCGGCGCCACCUCCACCUCCACCUCCAGUGCCGGUGGCGAAGGACAAUUUUCCGGUGGUGGAUGUGGUGCUGAGAUUCUUGGUGUUUGCAUCAGGUUUAGCGGCUGUUUUGGUCAUGGUGACUAGCAAAGAGACACAAGUCGUUGGCCAAAUACCAAUUCCGCCCUUUCUCAUUAGACGAACCGCAAAAUUCAACCAUUCACCGGCUUUCGUAUUCUUUGUAGUAGCACUGUCAGUUGCAGGAUUGUAUGGCCUCUUAACAACCCUCAUCUCCCUCAUUGCUCUCUCCAAACCAGGCAGCCACACAAGGCUCAUCUCUCAUUUCAUCAUUUUCGACGUCCUAUUGCUAGGAAUCACGGCUGCAGCCACGGGAGCAGCUGGCGGUGUUGCUUACAUAGGUCUGAAGGGGAACAAACAUGUCCAAUGGAACAAGAUCUGCCACGUGUAUAGCGACUUCUGCAAGCACAUUGGGGGCUCGGUUGUUGCGUCCUUGUUUGGAUCCGUCGUGCUGGCACUGCUCAUCUUGCUGUCGGUCCGCUCCCUGUCCAAGAAAAUCCCAAGACACAACCACUCACAUUAAGUCAGAUUUAUGAAUCAGAAUCAUCCUUGUAGCUUCUAUUGUUGUGCUAUGUGUGUGCAUAUGUAGAGCUAGAAUUCAUCGUCUUGUAUUUGCUUUCGUUCGAAUUUCUUGCUGUUCGGAUUGCUGCUGUGACAAAUAAUUUCAAUAGAUUUCUGUGAUUUGUGAUCAA